AUGUCGAAUCCAGUAGGACAAGAGCCUAUAGAAGAUACACGUUGUGACCUACGUACACGCGGCUACCUGCCCAUUGAAAACUAUGGCAUCAUUGGCAACUUGAGAACCGUUGCCUUGUGUGGCACCGAUGGCAGUAUGGACUUUUGCUGCUAUCCAGAAUUCGAUAGCCCCAGCAUCUUUUGCCGGCUUUUGGACAAGGAAAAGGGUGGUCAUUUUUCUAUUGGACCUCAUGAUCAUACGAGCAACAAGCAGCAGUAUCUCCCCAAGAGCAACAUUUUGGUGACGCGUUUCAUGUCUGAGGAAGGGGUAUUGGAGAUCACUGAUUACAUGCACAUACCACGCAAGAAUCAGCGUACAUUAUCCAAGCCAUUUUUGCCAUGGAUUGUACGUGUAGCGCGUGUGGUGCGAGGCGAGGUGUCGAUGAGCAUGGAAUGUUUUCCUGCAUUCAACUAUGCACGGGAUACCCAUACCACCAAUUACAUUCCAAUGCCCGCUCAACCAUCAGCAGCGACACUAUCAGAGUAUCCAGAAAACAACGUGCCACAUUACGUAUGCAAGGAUCGUGUCGAGUUCAAAUCAAAGGAUAUGACAAUGGAUUUACGCUAUGUCGUGAAGCAUACGGAUGGACACAAGCCUGACUUGAAUAUGCAAAUCCAUAAAAAUGGUCGCGGCGUUUAUGCCGACUUUACAAUGAUCGAGGAUGAAGAAGUGACCUUUAUUUUACGUCAAGUGCCUGAUAAGGGUGAUAUCCCUUCCAUGGAUCCCGCCCUCACACCGAGUCUCACAAAUGCACUUUUCCGUCAAACAUGGGGGUAUUGGCAGGAAUGGAUUGAUCAAAGCACGUAUACAGGUCGUUGGCGUGAAAACAUCAUUCGCAGCGCUCUCACUUUGAAAUUGUUGACAUAUGAACCAACUGGUGCAGUCGUGGCAGCUCCCACAUUUGGUAUUCCAGAAUCCAUUGGUGGUGAACGCAAUUGGGACUACCGCUACCUAUGGAUCCGGGAUUCGUCAUUCACCAUUUACGCAUUCCUGAAGCUUGGGUUCACUGAGGAAGCUGCAAAAUACAUGAGCUUUGUCGAGGAUCGUUGCAAUGAUUUGAAUCCAGAUGGCUCUUUGAAUAUCAUGUAUGGCAUUCGUGGCGAGAAAAGGCUGGAUGAAUUGGUAUUGGAUCAUUUGGAGGGAUAUCGUGAAUCGGCUCCUGUACGUAUUGGCAAUGGUGCCUAUGACCAUCUACAAUUGGAUAUCUAUGGUGAAUUGCUUGAUGGCAUAUACUUGUUUAACAAAUAUGGCGCGCCUGUAUCCUAUACCAUGUGGUGUGCUGUGAGGAAGCUUGUGGACUACGUAUGCAACAAUUACAACACGCCCGAUAUGUCCAUUUGGGAGGUGCGUGGUCGUAAGCAAAACUUUACAUAUUCACGCAUCAUGUGUUGGGUGGCUAUCGAUCGUGGAUUGCGUUUGGCUGAAAAGCGCAUGUUUCCUUGCCCUGAUCGCAACCGUUGGCUGGCAACACGUGACACCAUUUACGAAGAGAUUCAGCACAAAUGUUGGAACCCCACGCUCCAAAUUUAUACGCAAAGUAUUGAAGCACAAGAUGCAGUCGAUGCGGCAUGUCUGAUUAUGCCGUUGGUGUUCUUCAUAUCACCCGUGGACCCACGUUUCAUGUCAACGGUGGAACGCAUCCUGAUGCCUCCUGAAAAAGGAGGAUUGACUGCCAACAACUUGGUAUUCCGAUACAACGUGUUGACCACAGACGAUGGAUUCGGUGGUGGAUUGGAAGGAGCAUUUAGCAUGUGCACUUUUUGGCUUGUGGAAGCGUUGGCACGUGCAGGCCGUUACGACAAGAAAUACAUGACCAAGGCCAUCUUGAUGUUUGAAGAGAUGCUGUCAUAUGCAAACCACUUGGGAUUGUUUUCAGAAGAAGUAGCACGAUCCGGUGAAUUGCUUGGUAAUGUGCCACAAGCUUUCAGUCACCUUGCAUUUAUCAGUGCUGCAUUCAACUUGAACCGUGCGAUCGGCCCGAAAUAG